UGUCGAGAAAAGUGAGGUUAACUGUGCCAGUAAAGAACCUAAUUAUUGCAGACAUUUAAAAAAAAGUACCUGGCAUCUCUGCCUGGGUGUGUGUUUUGUCAGUUUUAUUCCUACCGUCGCGGUGAUUAGAUGAUACGUUUGGAAUUUUUUUGUACGUAGUUCUAAAGAAACACACUUUCAUUGCGCUGUACGUUAUUUUAAUCCAUUCGUACGUGAGCGACUGUAACAAUUACCAAAUUGCUGCAAUUAUCAGCCCAUUCCGCACUGUGUAUGAAGACUAGUAUCGAGUGUCGAAACUUAAGGAAAGCUUUAUUACUAAGCUCAUAAGUCAUGGACAAACAGAAAGAAGUGCUUCUGAAUACCUUCGUGAUAACCAAGAAAAAAUAUCGGGUGUUCUACAAUGCUGGCGUUCUCGUGUGGGAAACUGAGAAUUCAAAAAAGGGAAAAAAUACCGUCCAUGUAACUGAUAUUAUAUCAGUUAAACUUUCCAAUACUGCAAGUGAUCGAUCGCAUUCGAAGCACGCGUCACGUGACAUUUCCACCAUCUACGGGAUGACCUCUAGUACACAUGUACCGAUAAACGAGAGUAUUGAUUCUGAUCGGAUUCCGGUACUUACUAGUUCUGAAUCGAUGAUAACAAAUGCCACUGUAAAUACGCUAUCAACCACAACUGGCACCAGCACCAGAGUCAAUUUAUAUGAUAUACUAAACAACGAUUCUACCAGUGACAUCAAUUCUCUUGACGACAACACUGUUAAUGUAUACUACCUAAUAAUACACUAUGCGCGACUCGUUUGUUAUCGAACCUGUAAAUGGAGAGUACAACAGUUGGUUUUGUUCAACAGUGAACAACGGAUUAUCAGACUUUGGCACAACCGCAUAUUAGAUGAUAUCAAAGAUCAAAACCGACCUAAAAAUUUACUGAUUUUUCUCAAUCCAUACGGUGGAAAGCAAAACGCUUUUAGGUUGUUUGAGAAGUAUGGAAAACCACUGUUUAAGCUUGCUCAAAUCGAUAUCAAUCUGAUCAUCACUCAACGCGCCCAGCAAAUUUACGACAUAAUGACGUCUCAAUCAAUCAAUGUUAACAGUUACGAUGGUGUCGUGUGCUGUGGUGGGGAUGGUACAUUUGCAGAACUAUUUAAUGGUCUUGUAUAUAGAACGAUGAUUGACUUAGGUUUGGACACUCGCAAUCCACCGUACCUUCCAAAGCCAAGCAUUCCCAUUGGAAUAAUUCCAGCAGGCAGUACUGACACGGUUGCAUAUUGUUUAAACGGAUCUAAUGAUGUGAGAACGUCAAUCAUCCAUAUUAUUCUGGGUCAAUCACAUGGUUUAGAUAUAUCCAGUGUUCAUCGCAAACACACUGUUUCUAAUCCAUGCGCAACGAACGGAACGCCAGAGCAAACACAGAGUGAUAAUUUUACUAAUGGAACUAGCAAUAGCACUAAAAUAAAUCAACCUCAGUUACUCAAACUAUAUGCAAGCGUUAUAUCCUAUGGGUUUCUAGGAGACGUGGCAAUGGAUAGCGAGAACUAUCGCUGGAUGGGACCGAAGCGAUAUGAGUAUUCAGGAGUAAAAAAAUUUCUUCGGAACCGUGGCUAUAAGGGUACUGUACACCUGGAAAAAGAAAUAAUCAAUGGCAAUAACAGCAAUCAAAACAGUCCAACCGAUGGUAUAAGAUGUUUAGAAAAUUGUCAACGCUGCGAGUAUGCGUCUUCGAAGAGUAUUAAUCAAAACGAGCAUGAUGUUGAAGAAGUGACUAUAACUGGAAAGUUCUUAAUGGUGAAUGGUGCUAAUAUUUCUUGCGCAUGCCUGCGCAGUCCGCAAGGUUUCAAUCCUUACUGUCAUCUCGGUGAUGGUUAUUUGGAUCUGAUUCUAGUUCGACAUACGUCCUUCUUCAACAAUAUUCGACUGUUACUAGCGAUGUCUUCCAAAACGAAAAAGAUUAGCGAUUUAUCAUUUGUUGAGAUAUAUCGAACAAAGAAGUUUACCUUUAAUGCGGAUACUACAACUAUCACGUGUCAAGGUGACGGUCACGUUAAUAGCGCUAUUGAGGAAGAACCUAAGAACUCCGCAGCCGCAAGCGGCAAUGUAUCUACCUCGCAUAGUGCAGGAGUUGACGCAACAGGAAGCAGUAACCGCAGCCUGUCGAAGUGGAAUUGUGACGGAGAAAUCCUCCCGGGUACUGACCUCAUAGUAGAGUGUCAUUGCCAGUUGAUCAACGUUUUCCGCCGGGCGACAUCCUGUAGGGAUAGCAACUCUAAGCAAAAAGAAACAAGUAUUUUAAAUUGUUGUGGACUGUGCAAAUGAUAGUUUUAUUCUAGAUGUGUCUAAGACAUUUACCUGUGUGAUUUUUUCCUGGCAGUUUUAGUUUGGAGCAAACCAAUCUGUGAUUCGUAUUAGAUAACACAUUUCCUGUACCAUAACAUUAUUUUCAUUUUUACUUGAGGCAAUAUUGCCGCUAGAAGCAUAGUUGUCCCAUAUGUAUAGGGAUUCCCAUAGCACAUGGGACAAUUAUGCUUCUAGCGGCAGAAUACUACAUUUAUAGAAAAAUUUAAAAUAAUUGUCCACGUAUUCUCAAGCCUUUCAAGUGCUAGUAUUAUUGGAAAUUCAACUGAUCGUGGUGUAGGUAAUAAGGACAUUCGGUGAUGAUAAUUGGUAACAAAAAUAAUUGAAUGUCGGGCAGCACAUUCCACAAAAUGCGUGCUUGAAUAAUCUAUGGUGAUAAUAGUUUUAAGUAAAAGGAUCACAUUCUUCCGGUAUGAGGUACUAGGUACUAGAUUGUACGGGUAAAUUCUCGAUGUUAUAUGCUAGUACAAAAAAUCACGAUUGAGCUUCAGACAUUUAUUGUAGGUUUAUAAAAAGUUGCAUUUAGCUAUUACAUAAAUAACGUUUGUAAAUCGGGAAAAAAUCACAAAAAUUAAUAAAAAAUAACGCUUUGAAGCAUACUUAUGUUCCUUCUUAUAGGAAAAUAUCGUUUGGAUUCGAGGGUUAACUUAA